GUAAUUUGAUAUUGUAAUUUCAUAAUAAUACAACAAGGUCCAUAAUUUGUUUAGCCACAAGCAUCAGCAAGUCAUCUUAAGUGUUUCAUGAGAAUUUUGUAAUUUCCGAAAAUAAAUGGCCAUGAUCCAAAAAAUGCAUAAUAAUGCAGAGGGGGUUCAGCAGGGACGUCUUUCACUAUAAUCUCACCUGUCGACGUGGUAAGGUGUCUUGCAAAUCAUAAAAUUGCUGCUCAGUGUUUUGGAGAAAAGUAGGAAUUUACAUUGUUAGCCGCCUGUCACCCUUUGGAGGUGUGCAAUGGAGUUUUCCCACAGGCCGGAAACGCAGCACGCGCCCUCCCUUGAAACAGCGCAUGCGCAGAAUGUGUUGUAAACAAUAAGACUAUUCCAGACUGUCUCCAGCUUUGUGUCUAUCCAACAGUUUAUCUGUGCAAAACUAACAACGAUUUUGUAUAUCUCUGCGUGUAUUAAAUAAAAAUGUUCCUUGGGAGCUGAAGCAUGGAGGCGGUUCUGAGCAGGCUGAGGGGGCUCAGCGCUGAUGAACUGCGCGAGGAGUUUGCUCGAGCAGAUGUCAAGUGCGGCCCUAUCACAGCUACCACCCGAGCCACCUUUGAGAGGAAGUUAGCCCGAGUCCUAGCCGGGACAGAGAGCAGCGCCCCUGAGCCGGACAACAGCUCCUCAGCAGGCGUCUCUGGUAGUGCAACCUCUGUUGCAGAUCAUGUCAAACCUGUGUCAUGUGCCACCUUAGGAGUUGCACCCAUCUCUGCUGCAUCAAGCAGCAACCCCACUGAGACUGCCAGUGAAGAUUUGGAUUUUGGCUAUGGUAUGGGUCUCAACCCACCAGAGGAAGAGGAGAUCUCAGUAAAGACAACCUCAAACAGCUCUGCUGAAGGCAGUAACUCUCUGUACAGAACAGAUACCCCAUCAAAGCCAGCACAAGUGUCUCCAACCUUUUAUUAUGGAGUAUGUCCCCUGUGGGAUGAUGUUUUGGCUAGAAAUGAGAAAGCACAUGUGUACACAGAUAAGAAAGAUGCCCUUCAAGCUGUAAAGACGAUGAAGGGAGCCCGUUUCAAAGCCUUUCCCAACCGUGAAGAUGCUGAGAAGUUUGCUAAGGGGAUCUGUGAUUAUUUCCCCUCCCCAAACAAAUCUACACCUUGUGUAUCUCCUGUGAAACCAGGCCUGGUCAUUAGUAAAGACAACAUGGAGGUUGAUACCACCAACCGGGAGCGGGCCAACAGUUUCAAGAGCCCACGCACCCAGGAUCUGACUGCCAAACUGAGGAAAGCUGCGGAGAAGGGCGACGAGAUGGCCUUCAGUGAACUGGUGUGGAACAACCCACGCUAUCUCAUUGGCUCAGGUGAUAACCCCACUAUUGUGCAGGAGGGCUGCCGGUACAAUGUAAUGCACGUGGCAGCCAAGGAGAACCAGGCGGGAAUUGCCCAGCUGCUACUGGACAUCUUGGAAAACCCAGAGUUUAUGCGCCUCAUGUACCCAGAUGACCAGGAAGUUAUGCUGCAGAAACGUAUCCGCUACAUUGUAGAUCUUUACCUCAACACUCCAGAUAAGGCUGGCUUUGAAACGCCACUACACUUUGCCUGUAAGUUUGGAUGCCCAGAUGUGGUCAAUGUCCUGUGCUCGCAUCCUGACAUCGAUAAGAACUGUAAGAAUAAGGAUGGCCAGAUGCCUUGUGAUCUUAUUUGUAGCAGAAAAAAUAAAACCCAAGAAGUGAAGCUGAAGAUAAGUGAAUAUUUGGAGGACCGCUGCUAUAUCCCUUUGCUGAGGGCAACGGACAACACUUCUCAGCCCAUCAUUGGUGCGCCGUGGUCACCUGAGUCCUCAGAAGGUCUCUCGCUGAUCCAGCGCCAUGCAAGAAGUCCUAUUGAUCCAGUGAUGACCGUAACAGCCUUUGCUGGCCCGCUGAGCCCUUCUAAAGCAGAUGAUUUUUGGCGGUCCUGGAAGACGCCGCCCAGAAAGGCAGAGCAUUUCCACCACAUUCUUAAGUCUGAUCCUGAUCGUGGGGCAGAGAGAGUGGGCAGAGACCUGGCACAUGAGAUGGGCUGCCUGUGGGCUGAGUACUGGGACUUCCUGGACAGUUUUGUGGAUCUGUCUUCGACUGAGGGGCUGCGCAAGCUUGAAGAGUACCUUAGUAAGAGGGAUUUCAGCCCACUGGCUCAUGAAGAGGCUGGCGAGAAUGAGACCAGCAACAGGUUUAAAACCCCUUCUCCAGGAAAGCCCAAAAAGUUCUGCAACUCCAUCUCUGUAGGUGCCUUCCUGGAUGAGGGUGAUGACAUCAGCCUGGAGGAGAUGAAGAACCGGCAGAACGCAGCACUCACCAGCAUCACCUCCUGUGCUGCGUCUAAGGACGGCCUGAAGGGAGCAGUGGGGGGCCGUGAGUUCCACAUCCUGCCCAUCGCGCUGCAUCACCGUGGGGCCGACCUGAUCGAGACGGCAGCAGAGCAGGACCUGCUAUGCUGCUGCGAUGAUGGCCUCCUGUCGCCUGGCGUUGUCUGCAAAAAUGGGGUGUGCUCUUCCUCUAGAGAUAGAACUCACAAUGGAGACAAGGUCACCCCUCGCACUUCUCCGUCCUCCUGCCUGCUGUCGCCCGUCUCCAACCUCAUGGUGGAGUUUGAGUCGCUACAAGAUCCACCGGAUAGCCCCGCCAGCUGCAGGGAGAGGAGGAGCAGUGGUGGGAGCCGGCACAGGGAGGCCCAGGACUCCUAUUGCUCCUCCUCGCUCACAGACCUGAGCUCUGGGCUGAGCUACCUGUCUCUUGGUCACAGCAGUCAGGAUGGUGAGACAAUGGAGGGGCCAGGCUGGAGAACAGAGGGAGGAGGGACAGAGGAGAGACGCAGCAGCAGCAGCUCAGAGGAGUACUUUGAAGCAGAGGAGAGUCUGGAGGUUCUGGGUAGGACUAGGGGGUCAUUUUCAGGGGGGCGCAGCUUCUGUGCUAGGUCCAAGUCAUGGGAUCAUGGGGGGAGGGACCUGAGCAGCUCAGGAUCCUCUGGGUCCUCCUAUAAAUCCCUAGAUAACUCCAAUGAGUUCGCACCCAGGACCCCACCGCAUGUUAGAAGAGGACUUUUCAUUGAUGGGGAUUCGCCAAGCAAGUUGGACAGAGAGGUCUUGUCAGCGUUAGAGGGCAUAGACAUUGAUCCGCAGAAGUAUCCCAGCAUUCAGAAGUGGAAGAGCACAAUGAAGUCAUACUCUGCAUCAGACAUGCAGAGCUGGCCCAGCCCUGUGGUGGUAAAAGCACGACUCAGGAUGCAGCAUCAGACUCCCGGCUCCCCAGUCAGCAGCCUGAUGUCUCCAAUGGGCCGCUUCAGUCCUGCCCGGCACGCCGCCUCACCAGAUUUCAGCCCCAGCUACAUCCACCGCAUCCGCCUCAAGCACUUGAACGAGCCACCAAUCUAACUGCUCAUCCCCUCUCCCCCACCACUUACAGCCAUACCCUCUCCAAACCCAAGUGUCUGGAAGAUUUGAAUUAAUGAUGUGUGGUACUACUCCUAUUACUACUAUGUAAUACAGGAAUUCUCAUCACAUUGGUGUGAGGUACACUCAAGACUUUAAAAAGGAAAAAAGGAAACCUUGGUCAUUUAAGUACUGUAUGGGUGUGGACCAUGUUGAAUUGACAGUAAUGUUAUUUGUGGCAAGUGUUGAAGCACCUGUAUCAUAGCCUGAGUCAACUUUUCUGAUUAUUGUGGAAACAAGCCGCACUCCUCAAAGUUAGUUAAUCACUAAAACCUUAGUGUGGAACCCUCAACAGGAUUCUCUCACUGAAGAUGUUCUUU